AUGCUGAAGGAGGUGGAGAACCACAACAUGCUGAAGGGAGAACAAGAACAUGCUGAAGGAGGUAGAGAACCAAAACAUGCUGAAGAAGGUCGAGAACCAGAACAUACAGAAGGAGGUGAAGAACCAGAACAUGCUGAAGGAGGUGGAGAACCAGAACAUGCAGAAGAAGGUGGAGGACCAGAACAUACAGAAGAAGGUGGAGAACCAAAACAUGCUGAAGGAGGUGGAGAACAAGAACAUGCUGAAGAGGUGGAGAACCAGAACAUACAGAAGGAGGUGGAGAACCAGAACAUGCAGGAGGUGGAGAACCAAAACAUGCUGAAGGAGGUGGAGAACCAAAACAUGCUGAAGGAGGUGGAGAACCUGAACAUGCUGAAGGAGAUGGAGAAGCAGAACAUGCAGGAGGAAAAACAUGAUGAUGAUCAAUGA